AUUGCCUUUUAAUACAGUUUUGUUGGAAGUUUCGCAGCGUGCACACCGGCGAUCCUGGUGCGACCAUACAAGCAGCAACCUAAGCGAAGGAGUUCUGUUUUUUUGUUAAGGGUGUCUCUGUGUACUAUACCCGGUGCGGAACGGUGACGACAGUGAGAACAGUGCUACUCUCGACCAGCAGUGGAACGCGUGCACUUGUGUGGCAUUGUUUGUGUGACGAGCGAACACGACACAUUCGCGAGAUAUCCUUGUGGUGAACAUUCCGUGCGGAACAAAAAAACACAGUGACAAAACAUGAAGUAUAGCAUAGUGUUCGUGGUUGCACUCUUCGGAGCCGCCGUCGCUCAGGAGAGCUUCAAGUGUCCGGACGAUUUCGGCUUCUACCCGCAUCACAGCUCCUGCGACAAGUACUGGAAGUGUGACAACAACGUGGCCGAGCUGAAGACGUGCGGCAACGGUCUCGCGUUCGAUGCGACAGACUCCAAAUACCUGACGGAGAACUGCGACUACCUGCACAACGUGGACUGUGGCGACCGCACCCAGCUAGAACCUCCGAUCUCCACCCCACACUGUGAGCGUCUGUAUGGUAUCUUUGCUGAUGCCGCCAAGUGCGACGUGUUCUGGAACUGCUGGAACGGUGAGGCCUCUCGCUACCAGUGCUCGCCCGGACUCGCCUACGACCGUGAAGCGCGCGUCUGUAUGUGGGCCGACCAGGUGCCAGAGUGCAAGAACGAAGAAGUAGCAAAUGGAUUCGCCUGCCCGGCUGCCGGUGAGAUCUCCAAUGCUGGAUCCUUCUCGCGACAUGCACACCCCGAGGACUGCCGCAAGUACUACAUCUGUCUGGAGGGAGUCGCCCGCGAGUACGGUUGCCCGAUCGGCACCGUCUUCAAGAUCGGCGAUGCUGACGGCACUGGCAACUGCGAAGAUCCCGAGGACGUUCCCGGAUGCGAAGAUUACUACGGUGAUUUGGACUUGAAAAGCAUCCGCAAGAGCGAACUCCUUGCCGGGCUAGCCCUCCAGUCCGGUGGUGCGCCUGCCUCCCCCAAAGCUAUCGUUAAGUCGAACCGUCCGGCUCCGAAGGACAGCAACUAAGAAGAAGGGAGGAGGGUGACUGAGGGUAGAACAAAGGACGAGAGCGAGAGAGAUUGCUAGAGGGGGACAGUAUGAUAGAGGAACUAGACAACGUGAAGAGGGAGGAAGCGAGAGAACAAAAAAACGGCAAACAUCAAAACAGGAUUAAUUGUUAGGGAUACCGAUAGCCGAUACAGAACUAAUGGCAGGGCGCAGUCUAUCGAAUAGGAAGACGAGAUGGAACUAGAAGACGCGACAGAGAGAGAGAGAGAGAGCUAGACAGCUACCACCAGGCUUCCGGGGAGAAUCUCGAGGCGGACAAAAAAUCCCUCAUUUUAAACUUUUCCUACCAGCUCACAUCACCAGGAAACACUAAAAACAAAUCGUCCAGGAAGGCACACCCCCCAGACAUUCAACCAACACUCAACUUGAGCCAGCCAUAGUUAAGGACUAAAUCCUAGCUUGAUUAGAAAACUUGUGGAGCUGCGAGUGGAAUGUGUUUCCUAACCUCACUUUUCGAUUAAAAACAUUCUUGCUUCAUACUGAACGCACUUGAACGCACUUUUCACAACCAAACUCAGAACGUAUUGUUGAGUUGUGUUCGUGAGCUGUCGGUGCACGGUGCACGCAGAUGAACAUUCCCAUGCCGGGAAAUAUCUCGGUGAUCCUGUCCCAAUCCCUUUGCUCCUUUUUUGAUAAUUUAUUUAUUUCGCUAAAUUCCUUGUGGCCUCCAGUGGCUUGUGAUUCAACCGCAUCAAAUGACUCCUUGCCUGUGGACUGGUUCUUUACUGGCUUUCCUUGAGGGACAAUAUUGAUAGUGUAUUAUCCUGAUGAGCAUAUCAAAUUGCUUAAACUUUCGGACUCCGGUUGUCCAUCUGAGCUAACUGCUUCAAAUCGAGAUGAUCCUUAGAGAAAAGAGCGAGCUUAGGUCAGGUUCGAAAAGGUCGGAUCGGUUAUGAUUCGUGGUUCGACUCGUCGGUUCUGUUCGCGAAACGUGCACCCUGUUCGUUAGUCAAAAGUGAAGAGGACUGAUGACUGGUAGUGAAAAGGGCGAGAAGAAGUCGAAGAGGAGUGACACGCGAAGCGCUUAGUUUAGAGCAUUAGAAACAACAAAACAAACAGAAAAAGAAACAUUAAUAAAAAAAAAUCUUUAAAACCACUUAAAACCACAAA